AUGAGUCCAAUGACUGAAUCAGGACGGCAAUCGUCCCAAGCAGCUACCAUCCCACAGGACGUCGUCGCGGCUCUAACCACUUUACACGACUAUGUAUCCAGCUCUCUUGCGCUGCCUCCCCAGGUCAUCGCAACGUGCCGUGGCGAGAAGCGUGCAUUUGGUAGAAAUGCACUGCAGACCAUGAGCUACAGAAAAGCUGUGGAGUUGUUCAUCAACAGAUUUGCUACCAAAGAUGACUGGUGGAUAUCUGAGUUUAGGUAUAAGCCCGAGGUAUCCAUAUACGCCAUGUUUUAUCGGACCCACGGAGAAGAAGAUGAGGGACUGGUUUUGUUAGAUGAGCGUGGCUGGCCAGAGCUUGUUGGCAAUGCUGUAAAGUUAAAUAUAAUCUUCACAUCUCUCAAGUUCACCGUGACUACGUGA